UCUCGCGAGAUCUCUGGAGUGGCGGACCAGGAGACGGCCGAGGAGUUGUGAUCUCACGAAAAGGAAGAGCUUGGGAGCACUCGCGAGAUCUGAAUACCCGACCCAAAACGCUCUUGGGAAGUUUAAGGCCCAGAGGAGGUCCUAGGGCCAAUGGCCGGAGCUGGGCCAACCAUGCUGCUACGAGAGGAGAAUGGCUGUUGCAGUCGGCGUCAGAGCAGCUCCAGCGCCGGGGACUCUGACGGGGAACAGGAGGACUCACCGGCGGCGCGUGCCCGUCAGCAACUAGAGGCAUUGCUCAACAAGACCAUGCGCAUUCGUAUGACAGAUGGAAGGACACUAGUCGGCUGCUUCCUGUGCACCGAUCGCGACUGUAAUGUCAUCCUGGGCUCUGCGCAGGAGUUCCUCAAGCCGUCUGAUUCAUUUUCUGCGGGAGAACCCCGUGUGCUGGGUCUGGCCAUGGUACCAGGACAUCACAUCGUUUCUAUUGAAGUCCAAAGGGAGAGCCUGGCGGGGGCCCCGUAUCUCUGACCACAAUCGCACUUCUCUUUGAGACCAUUAAACCCUAUGACCAAAGUGGCCCGUGUCUGUGUGUAGGUCCGAUGUCAGGGCAGCGAUAACCCUUAGAGGUUUAUCUAAGUUCAGGGGCUUCCUCAUCCCGCCCUCUCA